AAUGGGGGUAGUUGCCAAGAAAGGAACGAGCAGGCCGGCGCAGCUCGGGCAAACAAUAAAUUUGUGCGCAACCGGGGGCCAAUGUACCUUUCUCGUUAAACCGGCUAAUUCCGUCAUUGAAAUAUUAAUUUACCCAGAAACGUUAAGCAGAGUGAAUUAGUGUUUGUGUGAAUUGCGAGGGUCAAGAGGUCAUUGGGCGAUAUAAAAAGUUGCCGGCACUCUUAUGCCCAAUACGUAUCAAUACCUCGAAAAGGAUGGGAAGCUGAAUCGAGGCAUAGUUCCGUAGCGCGAAUAAAAUGGCUGUGAUUUUGCGGGUUAGUCCCUGCCACCCAGUGAUUUAAUUUCCAACCGAUGCACGACGAUCGCACUUACACCCUCCUAGUUCCUGAUAGUACCACGCGCUCUUAUCGCGUUAAUUAGCUGACUGUGAUCGAGCAUAUCCAACGAUGGGUUUUAUCGCGCUGGUGAGAAAAAAAUCUUAACGGUCUUUGCGUACAAUGAAGAACAAGAGCUACGCCAUUUUACCAUAGAGAAUAUCGGGCCCGGGCGUAGUCAGGCAGGAUCAUAGGAAGAACAGGAUCAACCUGGAGGAACAUGAGGUCCUACGACGGUGAGAGUAGCUCCGCCGAAGAGGACGACAGAAGGGAAGGUCAUCCUGAGGGACAUCCGCAACAGGGGGGCUGGCAUCGUUCCUCUUCUCAUCCGACCUGGGCCUGGGAACAUCGCAGCGCUCAUCAGCUUCCAGCGCAAUCGUCAGGCUGCUUAGAAUCAAUGGGAUAUCCAGCUCCCGGCGGAUCGAAUCCAGGACUUCCGGCCCCGUCGGGAGGAUACGUAUCGGAACAUCCUCCCAGCGCCCCGGGAAGAAGAACUCCUCUGGGUGCCGUUGGUCUGGGAGGAUUUUACUUUCAACAACAACCACAGCCUCAUUCCUCCAGUAGUUUGUCCGAUGAAAAUAGACCUGAUCAUGAGAGAGCCGGUGCCUCCCGCCUGAAUUGUCCACCAAAAACAAAAACUACUCGGCAGGGAAAGAGCGUCCGUUUAAAUAUUAACGCCCGGGAGCGUCGAAGGAUGCAUGAUCUGAAUGACGCUCUCGACGAACUCCGUUCAGUCAUCCCAUACGCUCAUAGUCCGUCCGUUCGGAAAUUGUCCAAGAUUGCUACUCUUCUAUUAGCCAAGAACUACAUUCUGAUGCAAGGAAACGCUUUGGAAGAGCUCAGAAGGGUCAUAGCCGUUCUCCAGUCUCCGCACGCACACACAACCGCGCUUCCUCCGACUCCAGUGUCCUAUGAUCUCCUUCAGGGUUUUCCUGGGAAGCUUUUUCAGGGAGUUCAAGAGAUGCAGGGACUUCCCACGGGAGGAAAUCCACAAGGUGUCACGGCUGGCGGUCCGCCAACAGACGCAACCGCAGCUAGCAGCGAAUCAACUUAAACAGGAAGGAACCUGUGGAAAUGAUCGAAAGUAUUAGGUUAUAAGUCAAAUGGAGAAAUGAAAUUUUACUGAACUCGUCACCUCGUGCUCUAUUGCAACUGAUGAAAGUAUUAGUAAGUAAGAAUAAAGAUUGAUCACUAUUUAUAGAGCAAUAAGACGCCCACAGGAUUUCUCCUCUGAGCAGUUGUCAAUUCAUUGGAUUUUCAUCCAUUGGAUAUCGUGUUGCUUUGGAAUUUACAAAGAUACAGACGUUGAGAGGAACAGAAAAAAUGUUCAUUUGACCAACUAGCCAGGGGAUGAUCACGUGGAGAAUGCGGAAUUGAAAUUCCAAGUUCUGUCAGAAACACGAUAGUCAAUAUAGCAUGUGAUACGUGUCGAAAUAUGAUAGUCAUAAACCCUAUAUAUAAAUCUAUAUUUAAUAUUUCGCGUGAGUUUUCAAUUUAUAAUAAUUUAUUUAUAUAUAUAUUAAAAAUAUGUAUAUUGCGUACGCUCAUCGAGAAUUUACUAUGAAGUGCCAAGGGUUAGUUUCUUGCGUGGAAUACGUAAAGCUGUACAAAGCUGUUUAGUUUAAAGGCACCAGUCGGUCAUUAUGCGAUUGAUUUGUCACUGGACACCGAUAACCGUCUCUCACUAUUGUUUGUGAUGUUAAUCAAAUCAAUCACACGACACUAGUCAAAUACGACUGAUGCAUUUGAGCUAGAUAGUUUUUUAUAUAGAAAGUAAAAAGAAUAACGAGCAACAGAGUGUCAAAGUCAUUAAUUCAAGUAAGAUAGAUCAAUGUUUGACAGCACAAAGACAUCCUGAGUAUGUCAUUUGACAACAGGACGGUUACUGCUUUGGAAUACCUUUAUGCUAUCAGAACAGAAGCUCGUUGCUCGCAUUUGAAACUGAAGAGCAAUAAUGGACUAUUUACAAAUUAAGAGAUAGGGAGGAUUUGAGUAACAUUACGGAAAGUAUACUAUGGUGAAUAUAAUUGAUAAAGGAAAUCCGUGACGCCAGUAUUACUUUUAGAAAUUAAAGUAUUUAUUGUAGAAUGUAGUAGCAUCGCUGUUUAGUGCUCAAAUAAAGUAUAUUUAAGAGAA